UCAUUCAUCGGAUAUAUUAAAUGUCAAGUAUUAACCCAUGUUAUUCCUUCAGUCUAGAUUGAAAUUCAGUUCACCUUCUUCCAGAAAUUGAAGGUUACGAUCGCCGGAGCUCCGCCACACACGAUGGCUACCACCGUCUCAACCGUUGGAGCUGUCAACGGGCCACUGCUGAACUUGAGUGGAUCCACUGCCGGAAAUUCUGUUCCAAGCACAGCCUUCUUUGGCAAUGGCUUGAAGAGAUUAGGAAAUACUAGGGCUUCAAGUUCAAUUAGGAACUCAUCCCGCAACUUCAAGGUUGUUGCAGAAGUGAAUGAGGAGAAGCAGACGGACAAGGACAGAUGGAAAGGCCUCGCCACCGAUAUCUCGGACGACCAGCAGGACAUCACCAGAGGGAAGGGAAUGGUGGACAGCCUCUUUCAAGCUCCCAUGGGAGCUGGAACUCACGAUGCAGUCAUGAGUUCCUAUGAUUACAUCAGUUCCGGUCUUCGCCAGUACAACUUGGACAAUAACAUGGAUGGCUUCUACAUUGCUCCUGCUUUCAUGGACAAGCUGGUUGUUCACAUCACCAAGAACUUCCUCAACCUCCCAAACAUCAAGAUUCCUCUUAUUCUGGGUGUCUGGGGAGGCAAAGGUCAGGGGAAAUCAUUUCAGUGUGAGCUUGUCUUUGCCAAGAUGGGAAUCCACCCCAUUAUGAUGAGUGCUGGAGAAUUGGAAAGCGGGAAUGCAGGAGAGCCGGCUAAAUUGAUCAGGCAAAGGUACAGAGAGGCAGCAGACAUCAUCAGGAAAGGCAAGAUGUGUGCCCUCUUCAUCAAUGAUCUUGAUGCAGGAGCUGGAAGGCUUGGUGGAACCACCCAAUACACAGUGAACAACCAGAUGGUAAAUGCCACCCUUAUGAACAUUGCUGAUAACCCGACCAAUGUCCAGCUCCCCGGAAUGUACAACAAGGAGGAGAAUCCCCGUGUUCCCGUCAUAGUCACUGGUAAUGACUUCUCCACUCUGUAUGCCCCUCUCAUCCGUGAUGGUCGUAUGGAGAAGUUCUAUUGGGCGCCUACCAGGGAAGACCGGAUUGGUGUCUGCAUUGGCAUCUUCAGGACUGACAAUGUUCCCCAGGAGGACAUUGUCAAGCUUGUUGACACCUUCCCUGGCCAAUCUAUUGAUUUCUUUGGAGCCCUCAGGGCAAGAGUGUACGAUGAUGAAGUAAGGAAGUGGAUUUCUGGUAUUGGGGUAGAAAAUGUUGGGAAAAGGCUUGUGAACUCAAAGGAGGGACCCCCGACUUUCGAUCAACCAAAAAUGACUCUCAACAAGCUCCUCGAGUAUGGAAACAUGCUUGUCCAGGAGCAGGAGAAUGUGAAGCGAGUCCAAUUGGCUGACAAGUACUUGAAUGAGGCGGCCCUUGGAGAUGCUAAUGAAGAUGCCAUAAAAGGAGGAACUUUCUAUGGCAAAGCAGCCCAACAAAUCGGCCUUCCUGUCCCCGAAGGCUGCACCGAUCCAUCUGCAUCAAACUUCGAUCCAACAGCCAGGAGCGAUGAUGGGACCUGCUUGUAUACAUUUUAGGUCUAAACUAGGGAUGUUUUUACUAUAAAAAUUGUACAACCACAGCAUGGAUACCACUGCUGUCAACCACGUUUCAUUGGUCGGUAGCCUACUUAAGGUAAUAGUGAAAUCCUUCUUUUUGCUCUGUUCUCUUUUCACCCUUCAAUGCCUUUGUAGCCAUUGUUGGCCUUAAGGGCCUUUAUUUAUGCUAAGCAUUCUAGAAAUUAAAUGAUGAUGAGAGAAGAGUUGCUUGUACCGCAACUCUAUACAUUAUUGUUUAA